GAUGACGAAAGCGGAAGUACGGGUCGGAGGCGGGACGAGCGCCCGGAGGGGUUCAGGAUUGCGGAAGUUUUGUGGGGAGGGUCUGGCGGCCUUUAGAGCUCCGUGUGGUUUUGGAACACGUUCCGGACGGGAGGCCGCUGCUAGAGGUCCGGGAGCCACCAGCCUGCGCACGUUUGGGGCUACCCCAGGCGCGGCUCGACGUCGCCGCUGUUGGUCCAGUGCCCUCGUUCCUCCCCGAAGAACCGCUUCGGGGCUCCGCCAUGGCAUCCACCUCGUCUAACCUCCAGAAGGCCAUAGACCUGGCGAGCAAGGCCGCGCAGGAGGACAAAGCCGGGAACUACGAGGAGGCCCUGCAGCUCUACCAGCACGCCGUGCAGUACUUUCUGCACGUGGUCAAAUAUGAAGCGCAGGGGGAGAAAGCCAAGCAGAGCAUCAGGGCGAAGUGUACAGAGUACCUUGAUAGAGCAGAGAAACUGAAGGAUUACCUGAAAAAUAAGGAGAAAAAACCACAGAAGCCAGUGAAAGAGGGGCAGCCGAGUCCAGCUGAUGAGAAGGGGAAUGACAGUGAUGGGGAAGGAGAAUCUGAUGAUCCCGAAACAAAGAAACUACAGAAUCAACUUCAAGGUGCCAUCAUUAUGGAGCGACCCAACGUGAAGUGGAACGACGUCGCCGGUCUGGAAGGAGCCAAGGAAGCGCUGAAAGAGGCCGUGAUACUGCCUAUUAAGUUCCCGCACCUCUUCACGGGCAAGAGAACGCCCUGGAGGGGAAUCCUCUUGUUCGGACCACCCGGGACGGGAAAGUCCUACUUAGCCAAAGCUGUGGCCACGGAAGCAAACAACUCCACGUUCUUUUCGAUUCAUUCCUCCCACCUUGUUUCUAAGUGGCUGGGUGAAAGUGAAAAGCUGGUUAAGAACUUGUUCCAGCUCGCCAGAGAGAACAAACCCUCCAUCAUCUUCAUCGACGAGAUCGACUCGCUGUGCAGCUCGAGGAGCGAGAACGAGAGCGAGGCGGCGCGCAGGAUUAAGACGGAGUUCCUGGUUCAGAUGCAAGGGGUUGGUGUGGACAACGACGGAAUUUUGGUGCUGGGAGCUACAAAUAUCCCCUGGGUUCUGGAUUCUGCCAUUAGGCGAAGAUUCGAGAAGCGGAUCUACAUCCCUCUGCCGGAGGCGCACGCGCGCGCCGCGAUGUUCCGGCUGCACUUGGGGACCACGCAGAACAGCCUGACGGAGGCGGACUUCCGGGAGCUGGGCCAGAGGACCGACGGCUACUCGGGCGCGGACAUCAGCAUCAUCGUGCGCGACGCGCUCAUGCAGCCCGUCCGGAAAGUGCAGUCGGCCACGCAUUUCAAGAGGGUGCAGGGGCCCUCGCGCGCUGACCCCGACGCCGUGGUGGACGACCUGCUGACGCCCUGCUCUCCCGGCGACCCUGGCGCCAUCGAAAUGACGUGGGUGGAUGUCCCCGGGGACAAACUCUUGGAGCCGAUUGUUUCCAUGACGGACAUGUUGCGGUCCCUGUCGAGCACCAAACCCACAGUCAACGAACACGACCUGUUGAAGUUAAAGAAGUUUUCAGAAGAUUUUGGCCAGGAAGGCUAGACCAAAGACGGUGAAGGCGACAUGGACUGCGGGUGCCCUUCCUCGUGGAGGUGCUUCUGCCCUUCCUGGGUGGCGGCCGGGGGUCCCAGCGGGACACCCGACCACGGGGAGCGCGGGUCUCCCUUCAGUGUCCUCUGACUUCUGCGUGGGUUUCCGCUGUUACCAAUUAAAUGCUCCUUUUUAACAGAAAUUAUAAAGUAAUGGACUCGGAGGAAAUGAGUGAUAGACGAAUAGCAAAAAUAGAAAUUACCUAGUAAAAAGAGGAUUAAAAUUGAUUGAGAUACAAGUAUUUAAAAUUGCUAUGAAUAGUGGUCUUUUUAAAGAACAUUUAUCUUUUUUUUUACUAAAAUGAAAUGGGGUUUGUUUCAUAUUUUUUAAAAAGUCUUACGCAUCAUUUUCGUCAGUGUAAGUUUCUUUACUUAAUCAAACAUGACACAACCUCUACUCUCAGGGACGGGGCAUGGAGGGGCAGAGCGCACCGGGACUGGGCUUGAGGGGUCCGAGUCGCGUUCCAGCCGACGCUCUCGCUGCUGUUUUCAGCGGGUUGUAGGUUUAAACGGCGUCCUUAAAAGCUGCAGGCUUUUAUGUUUAACUAAAUAAUACCUUUCACUGUGCAAUCUCAAGAGAAAGCCUUUCUAAAUUAGGCAUUGUCUUUAUCGUGAAGGAAAAAUCGUCCCUUUCAAAUGUGUCUUUUUGUAGCAAGAUUGACCUAACCCAGUAGUAAAUAAAUAGGUCCUUUUUAAUCGACCCUGACAUAAGAUACUAUAAUGGGAAGCUUUGCCAAAAGGAGUGGCCUUUCGUUGGGUUAUGGGAGGUGUCCUGUGUGUGCUGUGGGUUUAUCUGUGUACAUACAUACAUGUAAUUUUUAAAAAAUAAGGCAGCAAGAGUCUUUUAUUUUUUAAGUUCAGGAAGCAGUGUGUCCUGGCCACACGUCCACGUUACCAGUGUGAUGCUUCGUGACACUGUAGAAAGGAGCUGGUGCCUCAUUCAGUGGUAAAUCACAGACAUGACACUAUGUUGUUGUAAUGCGCUCAGAUAAGUUCUGAGGGCCCGCGUUACUGGCGUCAGCACCAGCACUAAGUCGUGCCUUGUGUAUCUGCGCUGCCUGUACGUGCAGAGGGGAUUCAUUUAGCUGGAAUGAGGUGGGUUCCUGCAUUAUUGUAAAGCUCUGCCUUGCAAAUACUGUGGGAUGACUUGCAUUUUAACAUAUAUUUGCACAUUCGGUGUGGUUGCCUUAGGGUGUUCUGUACAGACUGUUUUUGUUGGUAUGAAAUGGAAAUCAUAGCCCUAACAGAUGUUGUUCUUCCGUGAAGUAAACUGGUGUAACCUGGUGUUAGCUGUA